AAGAAGAAGAAGAGAGAGAGAGAGAGCGAGAGGGAGGUGUUCAUGCUCAUGCGUCUUUUGAAGGUCCGCGAAAAUGGAGGAUAUCAUUCCUUCUCUCUCUCUCUCUCUAUCUCUUCUGUGAAGUGCAUCGACCGAUCAUGGCGUCUGUGAGGUGAAAGAGUAAGGUCUGCGUCUCCUCUUUCCUGUCCAUGGCGGUGGCGAUGGCGAUGGCGAUGGCUAUGUGAUGAUGGCGUUUUUCGCAUGAGCACGAAACUUUGAUUGGGGGGGGAGAAUUGAAAAAAGAAAAGCUGUUGCCUUCUCCGCGUUUGUCUCCCCUGAAUUCUCUCCGGUUUUGCCAUUUCUCCACUCAAUCGAUUUCGUUCCUCGCCCGCCUCUCCCUCCCUCCCCCUUUCCCUGAAAAAUCUUCCCUCUCUCUCUCUCUCUCUCUAGAGAGCAAAAGUCGCAUUCUCUCUCGUUCCUGUGAAUGUGUGUGGGUGGGUGCGUGCGUGUUUGGAUCUCUCGAUGUUCUGUACUUUCCUGCGCGAGGGUCCUCGGCUCCCUAGGCUCUCGUGAUCUGUAUUGAGGUGUUCCGUGCGUAGCUGUUCCUGGGCGACUUAGCUCAAUUCGAGACCUUGAUCCUGGAAAUUGCUAAUUGGCGGUGGAUUGAUCGGUCGGAGAAAGCAGUUCCCUUUUUUCGCGGAUUCGAAAAUCUUGCUUCUGCUCUGUCGUGGCCAGAUUCAGUUAGAUUGUCACCGCCCUGUUGCACUUCUGGAAAGGAUUGCUGUGCAAAUACAGUCGAAAGAUAUGAGCCACGCAACAUUUGAGAGUGAUGAUGGGGUACUCUGCCAGGAUCAGAUUGGCUCCCCUUUGAUGGACCAAGGCAAGAGUGGAGGAAGUGCAGAUGGCGGAUUGGUUCUGAAGAAGGGUCCAUGGACGUCUGCUGAAGAUGCCAUUUUGGUGGACUAUGUCAAGAAGCAUGGGGAGGGAAAUUGGAAUGCUGUUCAAAGGUUCUCAGGGCUUUCUCGUUGUGGCAAGAGUUGCCGGUUGCGAUGGGCAAAUCACUUGCGGCCAAACUUGAAGAAAGGAGCAUUUUCUGCGGAGGAAGAAAGACUCAUCGUGGAGCUCCAUGCAAAAAUGGGAAACAAAUGGGCCCGCAUGGCUGCACAUCUGCCGGGUCGUACAGAUAAUGAGAUAAAGAACUAUUGGAACACGCGAAUCAAGAGACGUCAACGUGCUGGCUUACCUCUUUAUCCUUCUGAGUUGUGCAUGCAAGCAUUGCAGGAUGGUCAACAAGGUCAGACAUUUUGCAGAAUGACCAAUGGGAAUAAAGGUCGCCAUGAGAUCUUGCAGAACAGUGGUUAUGAGAUUCCGGAUGUUGGAUUUGACAGUCUAAAGGCCAACCACGGUGUCUUACCUUAUGUUCCUGAAAUUUCCGACAUUUCUGCGACCAGCUUGCUGAUGAAAGGUCUUGCUUCUUCUCAAUAUGGUGGUUUAGUGCCGCCAACAAUGCCUCGUCACAAACGUCUUCGUCAAUCAGCAUCCUUUUACCCUGGCUAUGCUGGUAUUUUCAAAGAUGCGUUUCCCUUGAUGCAUCAAUUUGAGGAUGAUUCCCGCGAGAAACUUUCUCGAUCUAUUGUCCAUCCUUUUUCGAUUGAUCAUGAUCCGGAUAAGAACCCACUGCCCUUUGGUGUGGUUCAAGGUAGCCAUUCCUUUUCAAAUGGCAAUUCCCCGACUUCUGAGCCCUCUUAUGAGGCUUUGAAGUUGGAGCUCCCUUCACUCCAAUAUUCUGAAACUGAUUUAGGUAGCUGGGACACUUCUGCUUCCCCUCCUACUUUGCUUGAAUCGGUUGACAAUUUUAUCCUGUCUCCGGCUAGAACUGGAAAGGCUGAAUCAGAGUGUCUUUCUCCCCGUAACAGUGGGCUGCUGGAUGCUUUAGUUUACGAGUCAAAGACUAUGAGCAGUGCCAAAAAUAAUUCACCUGAAAAAAGUUCAAAUUCAUCUGCUUUGACACCUGGUGAUAUAAGCAGUUCCACCUUGGAUAUUUGCAAGUCUGAAUGGGAAGAGUAUGGUGACCCCAUCUCUCCACUGGGCCAUUCUGCAACUUCAGUUUUCAAUGGUUGCACUCCUAUGAGCACUAGUGGAAGCUCACUGGAUGAACAACUGCAUCCCGAUACCUUCACCGCAUACGAUGUGAAACCGGAACCUUUUAACCAGGUUCAGUCUCCUGAGAGCAAGCAUGAAAACCCUGCCCAUUGCGACUUGAUGCGGCCUGAUGCUUUGCUCGCUUCAGAUUGGUUUGGACUUGGUUCUGGAUCUCUGAAGGAUCAAUCUACCAUUUCUGAUUCCAUGGUGUCGCUUCUCGGAGAUGAUCUUUGCAACGACUACAAACAAAGCAUCGGAACUUGUUCUUCAGAUCAAGGAUGGAGACUUAAUUCGUGUGCCUGGAACAACAUGGCUUCUGCGUGUCAAAUGCCUGGACUUCCGUAGAAUUUGCUAGGCCGAAAUUUCCCCGAGGUCUGAAUCGACUUAUGUUCCUGUCGAUAAUUUGUCUAGUCAAUCCUAGUCGCGCGCAGAACACACGAAGGCCACCAUGACCAAAAUUAGAUUCUGGCUGUGGUUUCCUUAGUGCUCUUGCUCUUAAGACAUUUGGUAUUUGGAAUUUGCCCUGUGUGAAACUUUGAACUACAGAGGCAUUUAGGUGUAUGUUGACCUUGUUCCUCUAUAAUUGUUUGAAUAACCGAAUAUCCUGUAUUGGAUGCUUGGCGCAGGCUAA